AUUACCAAAACCUGGGUUUCCAGUCCAAUGAGCAAAGCAAGAAAGAGGGGAAAAAAAGAAAGGCAGAGAGAUUGUUCGUCUCCCUGCUCGCGUCAGAUCGGAUCUUUCUAGAUCCGUUAAUUAAUCUUUGGAACAACAUGUAAUUUUGAUAGAAACCCUAACCCUCUUGAUCUUCACCUGCUCCCUCUCUCCAAUUUUCGUUUUUUUUUUUCUAAAUUAUAUUCCAUUUUUUUGAUCGAUUUCGUCGAUAACACACCGUUCAAUCCAACAUUUGAAAACUAAAAAAAACCCUAGUUUUCAUGGCUACCACUGCUGAUGCAACUUCCAAUAAUCUGUCCCCUCGUUCCUCUGGAUUUUCUGGUGACAUUUUCAACACUCCCCAAUUACGUAGGAGGAAUCUAUCGUCUCCUUGGGCCCAUGUGGUUCGAGGGGAUUCUGAAGCGGUCACCGCUUCUCCUUCUUCGCCAUCAUCACCAAUGAUUGCAACUCAAGAGCAAAUCCCCGAUUCUGAUUGCACUACUGUGAAAGUGUCAUCAUCUGAAAAUUCUGUAGCGGACAGUCCGUCGGAGAACGAUGCUGGAAUGAGCAAUGUCGCGCGGGCAAAGAGGCAGGCUUGGAACAAGCUUUCGAAUGGGGCUGUCGAGCUUGGCCCGGUCAUGGGGGCUGUCUCUUGGCCCGCACUCUCCGAGUCCACUAAGGCCUUGCCGAAGUCAUCAACUGAUUCUUUGAAAGGUCUAUCUGAUGGAUCCGUCUCAAUUCCUCAGGGUCCUAUUGUUACAUCUUCUCAACAAAAAGAAUCUACUAAUAAUGCAACCACUAAUUCAACCCCAAACCAUGUAUUCUCCACACGCCAGAAAUCCAUGAAGCGUGGUGGUGGUGGGGGCGGAUCCGCAAAUGGCAAUUUCAGUCAGCCGCCACCACCACCGCCAGCUCCAGCUAUGGAAAUGCCUCAGAACAACAAGUCCGGAAAGCCUCCUCAGGUGGUUCUGGAAUCCGCUCCACGAGAUCCUUCGCACAAGAGCAACAACUGGGAAACUGGACAGAGGGGAGGAUUUGUUUCACAAUCCCACAUUGGCAACGAUCACCCUCAACAGCGUAAUUCGUUCCGGAGGGGCAAUGGUGGGUCCCAUCCUCGUAGUGAUGGUACCCACCAUAACAAUUACGGGAGCAGACGGGAUCAGGAUCGAGGGAACCAUGAAUGGAAUUCUCAUCGGGGCUUUAACGGUAGAGAUGUCCAUAUGCAGCAACAGAGAAUGGUUCCAAGGGGCUUCAUAAGGCCUCCGCCACCUAAUUCUACACCAUUUAUUGGCCCUCCGCCUGUGCGCCCAUUUGGGAACCCUAUGGGUUUCCCUGAUGUGACAUCACCAGUAUAUUAUGUUCCCGCUCCUCCACCGGAACCCUUCAGGGGUGUGCCAUUUAUUCAUCAUACACCACCUCCUAUGUUUUUUCCUACCCUGGAUCCUCAAUUGUGUGCAAUGCUGGUGAGACAGAUAGAUUAUUAUUUCAGUCCUGAGAAUUUAUGUAAAGAUAUCUUCUUGCGGCAGAACAUGGACGAACAGGGUUGGGUACCUGUCUCGUUGAUUUCCAGCUUCAAUCGAGUUAAGCAGCUGACAAAUAAUAUCCCAUUUAUACUGGAAGCAGUACGCAGUUCAACUGUUGUGGAAGUUCAGGGUGACAAAAUAAGGAGGCGUAACGAGUGGAUGAAUUGGCCACUACCCCCAUAUGGUCAGUUUGUUACUAGCCCAGGUCCACAGUCCCCAACUGUACCCAGUUACAAUUUGUUGGCAAGCCGUGUCCAGAGUAUUGGACUAGAUGAGGUCCAUGAGGAGAAGAGCACUAAAGAUAUUAGUAAAAGGAAUUCUACAGACUCUCAUUCUGAGGCUAUUUUGAGUAGGUCAUCAUCUGGGGAUUUGAAUAGCCCGUCACAAGAAUCUGGUGGAGAGGUAAUUGGUGAUGUCACUGGUCAAGUUGUCUCUGAUCCUUCCAUGUUGGCAAGAAGUUCUAUCGAGAGCCAGUCAUGCUAGGGCAUAGUUCUUUUUCAUUUUGGAGGGAGGUUAUUUGUGAGGAAAUAGGGUGGGUGGGGAAAUGGAAAUGGAAGGGUUGGAAGGCCUCAGUUUUUUGCUGAAAACUGGUCUUCCCAUGACACGUAAAGAAGAGUGGCAACAUUUCCUAAUAGGAAAGGGAACACAUGAAAAAAGGGAAAAAGGGUUAGGAAUUUAGUAAAAGAAAAGGAAAGAGACCAAAGGGAUAAGCUUAGUUUCUGAUUUUUGAGCUAGUACACUGACAAUAUUGGCAUGUAUAGGUUUGCUGUUGAUCAAUGGUGUCUUUUUUUUUCCUUGUGGCAAUUUCUCGUGGCAUGGUUGUGGCUUUGGAAUGGGAAGCAAAUUUUUAGGUAUUUCCAUAGCCAGCCCUCAACUCUUAAAUUUUUAAUUUAUGGGUCGCACUACAUUUGGGGAGUGAGGAUGAAUAUUUGAGUGAGUUUGAGUUCAGUGGACGGUGGAUAAUGCCAUCUGCUGCUGCUGCUACACAUCUGUCUUCAUCUUUCAUUUUAUGCCUUUUGCAUCUACUGAUACAUAAUACUUAGCAUCUUCAAUAUUAUACCUUUUCUUUAAGACUGUAAGAUUACUAUAAACAGUGCCCCUAAUCGGCUAAUCCACAGGAGUGAGAUACCUUUUGUCUUGUUAGAUUAGAAUGGUUCGUGGAUGAUUGGAUCCACAUGUUUUAAACUUUGGAAUAAUUUGGUGGGAUUGAUUGCAUUGUUUCUUGAAUAUUGAUCCCAAAACCUAAAUUUUGGCCA